GAGAGGGAGACAGAGGAUCUAAAGCAGGUUCUGCAAUGAGAGCACAGAGCCCAACACAGGGCUUGAACUCAUGGACUGUAAAGUCCUGACCUGAGCCAAAGUCGGAUGCUCGACUGACUGAACCACCCAGGCACCCCAACCCAAAAGAGGUUCUGUGGGCUCUCCACCACCGUACACCCUCUUUCCCUCCAUCCCAGCUGUGUGCCCCCCUGAGCACUGCAGUAUGGAGUUGGUCAAUAGGACAGAGAUCUCUGAGUUCUUUCUGAAAGGGUUUUCUGGCUACCCGGCCCUGGAGCACCUGCUCUUCCCUGUGUGCUCAGCCAUGUACCUGGUGACCCUGCUGGGAAACACUGCCAUCCUGGCAGUGAGCGUCUUAGAUGUCCGCCUGCACACGCCCAUGUACUUCUUCCUGGGGAACCUCUCCAUCCUGGACAUCUGCUACACGUCCACCUUUGUGCCUCUGAUGCUGGUCCACCUCCUGUCAGCUCAGAAGACCAUCUCCUUUAUUGGCUGUGCAGUCCAGAUGUGUCUGAGCCUGUCUGCAGGCUCCACAGAGUGUCUACUGCUCGCUAUCAUGGCCUACGAUCGCUACCUGGCCAUUUGCCGGCCACUCAGGUACCCCGUGCUCAUGAGCCACCGGCUCUGCUUAUUCUUGGCGGGAACCGCCUGGGUCCUCUGCCUCUUCAAGUCGGUGACUGAGACGGUCAUUGCCAUGAGGUUGCCCUUCUGUGGCCGCCAAGUUGUUAGUCACUUCACCUGUGAGAUCCUGGCAGUGCUGAAGCUGGCAUGCGGUGACACGUCAGUCAGUGAAGUCUUCCUGCUGGUGGGCGCCAUUCUGCUGCUGCCUGUACCCCUGGCAUUCAUCUGCCUGUCCUACAUACUUAUUCUGGCCACCAUCCUGAGGGUGCCUUCAGCCGCUGGGCGCCGCAAAGCCUUCUCCACCUGCUCGGCACACCUGGCUGUGGUGAUGCUUUUCUAUGGCACCGUAAUAUUCAUGUACAUGAAACCCAAGAGCAAGGAGGCACGCGUCUCUGACAAGGUCUUCACGGUCCUCUAUGCUGUGGUCACACCCAUGCUGAACCCUGUCAUCUACAGCUUGAGGAACACGGAAGUGAAGGAGGCUGCCAGGAAAGUGUGGGGUAGAAGUUGGACCUCCAAGUGA